GAGAUAUCCCCGUCAUCAAUUAAUACUUCCCAGCAUUCUCAAAUGACGCUGGCUAACAUCAGUCCAUCGAGAACCUAAUCGUUCCUGGGGGAUUUGGAAAAGCGCCGUUUCUGUACCUGCAGAAAGGCUACAGACCUGCAGAGUAAACCUAGCGGCGGUUAAUGCUGACCUGGGAGACUUCUUGGGACUAAUAACAGACAGCUUUCAUUGAGCAUUUACCGUAGGCCAAGCAUUCUGCUAAGUGCUUUACCGGCCGUGUUGUCUAAGCCUCAAAAAUGACUUUUCAAGACAUGGAAGGACUUGAAUGAAACUUAAAUGGUUCAACAAAAGAUGCUCUAAUGGAUGACAGUGAAACUCCUACAUAUAAUCCGCAGAUCCAACCACAAGAUGGGUGUCAUCCUGGUGACAGCGUGGAAAGUAUAGUAACAUGCUUGCCCUCCACAUCAGACGAAAACGAAAAUCAGCUUGACGGGGAUGGGCCUGAGCGUCUGACCAGCAGUGACCGUGCCAUGGGCAAGCCCCAAGUGUCCGAGCAGGACAGUCUCAACAAUAAUGAAAGCUGCACACCGAGCUGCGAGGCGGCCACAGAUGAGAACGUGGGCAACACUCCUUGUGCAGACCCCAGAGAUGGACAGGACCUCCUGGGAAAGGACAGAAGAAUACCUGGGAAAAGGAGUUGUAGAAGCAAAAGAGGUAUCGCUAAGAAGAUGCUACAAGAGCUUUCUUCAGGAGAUUCCCCGCCUUUACUGCAAGAAUAUGUAGUAAGUGCAUGUGCUGUCGGUGAUGGAGCGUGCGCUGAGGUGAACGCCAAUGACCCGCCCGAAGCCCCCCGGCUGGCUCUGCAGACUCUGUUCUCUCUGAUCCGAGGGGAAGCGGAAGACUUGGACUCAACAACUCUUCCUCUUUGCCUUCAUCAGAUAGCAGAGUCCUAUUUCCAGGAGGAGGACUAUGAGAAAGCAAUGAAGUUCAUUCAGCUUGAACGACUGUAUCACGAGCAAUUGCUCGCAAAUCUUUCUGCCAUUCAAGAGCAGUGGGAAACAAAAUGGAAAACUGUACAGCCACAUACAGUUACAUCUGUAAGGAAUUCAGAAAAAGGAUUUAAUGGUGAAGAUUUUGAACGGCUUACUAAAUUUUGCACAACACAUCAAGAGCCUCUUUUAUCCAAACGUAAGAUAGCAGCUGUAGAAAAAUCCCUGGGGAGGAAAUGUUUUACGCAGUUAAUAGCGUCUGAAGAGCUGAAGGAAAGUGGAGUCACAGACAAAGCUCUGGAGAGCGAAACUUGUCUUGGCCUGGAACCAAGUAAAGAGAGCCAACAUAAAGAGGAGGCGGCCCGGGAGAGCAGUCCCUGCUGUCAUCCGAUGGCGCGGCCGGCCGACCCCCCGAGCCUCCUGGUAGCUGCAGGGAGGGGCCGCACGGCGGAGCCACUGGGCAGCGCCGAAGCCACAAGGGAGCUCCACGCCCAGCCCUCGGAGGCAGCCGGGAGCAGCAGGUCUGGGCCACGCUCCUCCGAGAACGCUUGUGAGGGUGGCCGCUGCCUGCAGCUGGCUCAAACAGAGCUCUGCCAAGAUGUGACCGGAAUCGAGGGCGCUGCUGAAGACCCUGAGCUGCCCCUUUCCAGCGAGUCAGUGACAGAGCCGUUGGUGUCACCGGGCUCUGACCAUAUACCUCCUGCCUCGAUUUCUGAGGGUGAAUGUUCACAGACUCCAAGAAAGGCACUCCAGUUGCCACUUGAGGAUGCUUCUGAGGCGUCGCCCACAGACCAACUUGAGAACAAUGAAUUAAAUGAGCUGCAGCAACCCGACCUCACAGGCACUGAUGGAAAAUCACCGCAGGGGCAGACUGACUCCCAGAGCUCCGAGAGUGUACUUUGUGAAAAUAGCAAAGUAUCUGACUUAAGUGCAGCGCUUGCAGAGGUGUCUAUGGCCCCAGAGGAAAAGGGAGGUAAGGAGGAACGUGUCAGUGAAGAAACGGAAGACUAUUUGCACAGCCUUUUAGAAGGAUGUUUAAAAGAUGCUGAAGAGUCCCUUUCCGGUGAGGAGGAAGACUCGGACCUUCUUCAGGAUCUUUCUCCAGAUGAAGCAUCCUACACCCUCCAGGAGAACCUGCCUUCCGAUGAUAGCUGCCUCUCUCUUGAUGAUCUUGCAAAAAGGAUAGAGAUUGCAGAGGUUGCUCCUGCUGAAGGAUUGGUCUCUAUAUUAAAGAAGAGGAGUGAUACUGGAGACCCUCCUGCCCAGAUGCAACAGAAACCAUCUAAGCGAAGAGUCAGAUUCCAAGAACUAGAUGACCACUUAGAUCAAGAUGAAGUUGGAGGUGGUUCCUGUAUUUUAUUGGUCUUGCUGUGCAUAGCUACAGUUUUCCUUAGUGUUGGAGGAACUGCAUUAUACUGCACUUUUGGUGACAUGGAGUCACCUGUUUGUACGGACUUUGCCAACAACAUGGACUUCUAUUACUCUAAGUUACUGCAGGGAAUGGCAGAACUUAAACACUGGAUCUACCUCUCCUAGCAGCAUUCAAGAGGGACAGGCAAGCUGGCAGUGAGACUCUAAGAGUAAAACUUUCUAAACAGCUUUUAUUUUAAGAGCUGUGUAAUGGUUGUGUCCCCUUCCCCCAGUGAGAAACCAUGGACAUCAAAAAACAGCGACUGUAAAUGGCAGUCCAGAGGAGCUCUUAGAAUAAUCCAUGCAAUGCGUCAGAUGUUGAUGUGAACGUUGUAGAUGGAAGGAGUGAGCUUUGGAGAGCGUGUCUAUGCCCUCCGCACUGCCUUCUAGUGUAAUGAGCUACACGGAGCAAAGUUAAACAGGGCAGUGUUGGAGCCGCACCAUUUUUUAGCUUCCUUGUCAAGCUAACGGUUAAAGGACACUUUUGGUUUACAUUUGUUGGUCCAAAGACAUUGCUUCCAGCCAUCACGCAAUAAGUGUGUGCAUAAACCAAAAGGAGUUACCUGUGGCUUCCAUGUCUUUUUUAGUUAACCUUGGGAGAUAUGUAAUUUAGACUUUGUGCAUUAUUUCCAGAUUCUGUUCUCCAUUUGUGAAACGGUUGUGUGUGUGUGUGUGUGUGUGUGUGUGUGUGUGUGUGUGUGUGCGCGCACGCACGCACAUAUGUGUUCAGACAGUUGAUCAAAAGCAAAUACCCAACACAGAAUAACAAAAAUGAUCUUUAUUCUUUUAACUAAACUAUAGAUUUGCAGGCACAAAUCUUCAAAGAAGGCUUAACUAUGGAACAGGUGAAUUAUGGAAACCUCGGCCCUGAAAUGUGAAACUGUGACAGAUCUGUGACCAUUAACUUGAUUAACCAGCCAGAAAUUAAUCACAGGCCUAGAGGUAAAAUUAAAGAGCUCCCUCUGGGUCUCAGGCAACCAGUUUCAUCAUGGAUUCAGUGCUUCCUGAAGUAUGAUGAACACUGGACUCAACACAAUUCAGCAACUGCUUGUUGAGUACCUAUUAUGUUCUGAGAAUCUAAGAGCCAGAAUACACAGAUAAAUAUCAGUUCCUGCUCUAGAUUUUUUAAUUCUGGUCUUAUGUAAAAGAAGAAAAAAAAACUGAAUACUUUGGCAAAUGAAAUCACCACAUAUAAUUCAGUAUUAACAGAUCAUGCAUUCAGAUAUUUGAAUGUGCUUUCAUACCAUGGGCUGAUUUUGACCUAUUAUGAGGUCAUUAAGCGAAAAUUCAAUCAUGUCUUAAAUAGGUAAAUGUCUGUUUUUUGUUUAAAUCUGUCAGUUAGGUGGCAUUUUCUCUUCUAAGGCCUAACAUUUAGGAAGCCUUCCUUGCUUUCACUUUUUAUAUCAUAGGCAGCAUUUAAAAAAAAACACACAUGAAUUAUAGUUUUUUAGCAAGUGAUCAUUAUUUUAUGUUUUUCUGUUAGGAUCAUUUUAAAGAAAAAGGGAGAAAUUACUUUCUUUGUUACUGGCUGGUACAGUGCCUCCCUUUGUGUUGCUGCUUAUUUAUUUAGAUUAUAUGACUUUUAAAGGGCUUUUAUAUAAGUUGAAAGAUGUUAUUGAGCAUGCGUUUGGUUAUCCCAAUGUAGAUAUUUAAUUAUCAUGUACUUAGUAUUUUAUUGAUUUUUCUAUAAUUUCAGUUCAUUAUGUUUUUAGGUUCGUGUAUUUUUAAAUUGAUGUUUUAUUUUCACUUAUAAUACUGUUUGACUUGUCUCUAUCAUGUCACCAUAAACUAAUAUUUUCAAGGAUUAUAGAUCAAAGAUAUUUAUUUAGCAGUGUACAAGAUACUGAAAUUUAGAUUCCUUAUACUUAAGGCUGAUUUUAUUAGAAGAUUAUUUUAAUGUUCUAUUAUAAAUUUUAAGACUUUGUAUUCAGAUUGUAUGUAAAAUACGUAAAAUGUUGACGGUACUAUCUUAUGUGGUUCUAUAAAAGACAUUCACAAACUCUACUGUGAGGGCAUCCCCACCAUAGGCAACCCUCUUCUGUUUUACCCUCAAUUUCUAGUUAUGGGAAUUUGGUGAUGCUGAUUUCUGCCAGUUUUAUGGUCAAGAUAAGUCAAAACUUCCCUCCUGUUCUCUUUUAGGUCACUUUCAAAGUCCUAAAUAAUCUGUAGUGUCAUUUCCCUAAAGGCCAGCAGGGCCAUCACUUCUGAAACCGAAGAUUUCCUAGGGACCUUCACACUGAGAUGAAAGAGGUGAGAUAAUACCUUGGUCCUCAAGGGCCCAGUUGAGUCUGAAGAGAACCACGUGUGUCCUCUCUGCUUCCCAGGGAGGGUGAGGUGAAUUCAGGAGCAUAUUGAUAUCUUGACUUAGAACAGGCAUGAGAAUCUCAACUAGAAAAAUUAGGGCAAUUAAAAAAAAAUGUAAUAGUCAUUUAUUGCAUGAAUUGGAGUAAUUACAUCUGGUAAUGAAAGAAUUGUUAUCUCAUACGUGAAAAUUCGUCCAGUUUUACUAUCCUGUAAUUCUUUCUGUCAUUCGAAAGUACUGACAACUGUUUGUAACUAAUCUUCCUUAAGAACUGUAUUUGAGGGUAACAGAUCAAGCUUGUAAUUUAAAGUCUACACCAACAAA